AUGAAGCAGCAUGAGGAUGAGCGGCUCCAAGCUUUUCUCACCCGGUUCAACCUCGUUAAGAGCAUGGUAAUGGAGUGCCACCCGUCCACAGCAGUCCAAGCAUUUAAACUUGCAAUGAACCGGGGGACGCCGUUCCACACCAGCUUGGUGGUUAAUACACCAAAGACAAUGGACGAGCUGAACGAGAGGGCUGACGGUUUUGUUCGCCUUGAGGAGGAAGAAGCAGCUAAUUCAAGGAAGACGUCAAUUAUUUCGACUGAGGAGAAGUCCAAAGCCAAGAUCCGGCAAAAACAAGCUCAACCGCAACGUCACCCCUCAUGGAAGGCGGAGAAGAGGCCCAGGGAGGAGGAAUCAGUCACUCCACUCAGAGUCACUUUAGCAAGGCUAUACCAGGAGAACAAAGAUAAGUUUCGUCCUCCUCUGCCAAUCAGGAACCUAAGGAGGCAGGUAGAGAUGCUGAUCGCAAAGGGGGAGUUUAUAAGCUAUGUCCAGGGUCUGGCGCAAGAGCAUAAUCGCCCGACUGAGCAAAUCAAACGGAACCAGAGGCCAAACCAACACAACUCCCAACUCAUUCCUCAUGAAGAUCCACUAGUCGUCAGUCUAACAAUUGCAGAAUGCCUGGUUCGGAGAGUCCUGAUUGAUCCAGGAAGUAGUGCGAAUGUCAUGCCCAGGGUGACGUUCGACCGACUGGAGAUCACACCCGAAAAACUCAAACCCACAGGGAAUCCGCUGCUCGGAUUUGAUGGGAAGCGAGUGGAACCCAUUGGAAUAGUAGAAUUGACAGUACAAGCCGCUGAGCGAGUUCUGACUGAAAGUUUCGUGGUAGUGGAAAUUUAUCCAUCAUACAACUUCUUGAUGGGCAGAGGAUGGAUUCACAGAAUUCAGGGCGUUCCGUCAACCUUACAUCAAGUGAUGCGAUGUUUAGGUCCGGAUGGGACCAAGGUGAUAGAUAUACAUGGGGAUCAGCAAUUACAAAACCCUUCUCCCAGCAAGGAUGGGGGGGAGGAGCCGCCAGUUCUGACCACAGAACCCCUUCAUGAAGCAAAGAUUGAUCGUGGAAAACCCGACCGAACAACAAGGGUGGGCACCAAACUCACUGAAGAAGAGAGACUAGAGUUGACUAAUUUCCUGAUUCGGAAUGCGGAUGUAUUCGCAUGGAGCCAUUCAGAUAUGCCAGGGAUAAAUCCUGCUAUUAUAGCUGAGGAGGUUGAUCGGCUGCUUGAAGCCGGAUUCAUCAGAGAAGUUCAGUACCUGGCCUGGCUCUCUAACGUUGUUGUAGUGCAGAAGAAGAAUGGAAAAUGGAGAGUGUGCAUCGACUUCACCAACCUAAACAAAGCCUGCCCAAAGGAUAGUUUCCCAUUGCCCAGGAUUGAUCAAAUGGUAGAUGCCACCACAGGAUAUGAGCGGUUAACUUUCCUGGAUGCUUAUUCCGGUUAUAACCAAAUUCCUAUGGAUCCAGUUGAUGAAGAGAAGACUUCAUUUAUUACUGAACGAGGGACUUAUUGCUAUAAAGUCAUGCCAUUCGGAUUGAAAAACGCUGGAGCCACUUAUCAAAGGCUGAUCAGCAAGAUUUUUAAGGGCCAGAUGGGCAGCACUGUCGAGGCUUACAUUGAUGAUAUGGUGGUCAAGAGUAAGAAGAAGAGUGAUCAUUUAGCGCACCUGCAAGAUGUGUUCGAUGUGUUGCGCCAGUAUGGGAUGAAGCUUAAUCCGGCCAAGUGCUCAUUCGGUGUAAGCUCCGGUCAAUUCCUGGGACAUGUGGUCAAUCAUAGAGGAAUUGAAGUCAGCCCAGCACAGGCAGAAGCCUUAAUCAGGAAUGCAGAGCCAAAGACAAUUAAAGAGGUGCAGGCACUCACAGGCAGGAUAGCCGCACUGAGCCGAUUUAUUUCCAAGCUUUCGGACCGCUAUAAACCUUUCUUUGAUACAAUACGAGGGCAUGGAAGGCAAACCUGGGGGGAUGAACAACGGCAGGCACUAACCAGCUUGAAGGAGUACAUGCGUAAUCCCCCGGUUCUGUCUGCUCUAGAACCGAAUGAGAGACUUCUUCUAUAUCUCGGGGUGUCCAGUAAAGCAACCAGUGCCGUUCUGAUCCGUUGCAAAGAGGGCAAGCAGUUCCCGGUGUUUUAUGUUAGCAAGAUAAUGUCUGAACCAGAGAGAAGAUACUCUAGGGCCGAACGAAUGAUCUUGUCGCUGGUCAACGCAAAAAGGAAGCUUAGACACUAUUUUGAAUCUCACCCAAUCGUCGUUUUAACAACUUUCCCUUUGAGAAUGAUCCUGCACAAACCGGACCUGUCGGGGAGAAUGACCAAGUGGGCCAUUGAAUUGAGUUCAUUUGAUAUCACAUACGAGCCCAGGACGGCAAUCAAAGGUCAAGCGGUGGCAGAUUUCCUACUUGACUGUGAUAAUGAAGAUACGGUGGAGGAUUGUAAUUGUUCUUGGUGGAAGCUUUUCGUGGAUGGCUCCUCGAAUCAAAUGGGGGCCGGGAUUGGAAUUCAAUUGCAAACACCAGAAGGAACUACGCUGAGCCAAGCGAUAAGACUAGAGUUCAGCGCGACCAAUAAUGAGGCAGAAUACGAGGCGCUGAUAGCCGGGUUGAAGUUGGCUAAGGAAUUGAAGAUCAAGAAUCUAAUGGCUUAUAGUGACUCGCAACUAGUCAUUCGACAAGUCAAUGGGGACUAUGGAGCCAAGGAUGAGACUAUGGAAGCAUACCGAACUGCGGUUCUGCGUGAGGCGAAAUCCUUUGAUCAGAUCAGGUUUAUCCAGUUGCCGAGAGAGUAUAACAAAGAUGCCGAUCACUUGGCUUGUAGCGCAUCCAGUUCUGGAGAUACUUUAGCUAGGGUCAUCCCGGUCGACAUACUGAUCCAACCUUCCAUUUUUGAAGAACUGCCUGAUUCGAGCACUCAACAUGUUAAUGUCAUACCAUAUGAGCCGAGCUGGAUUGAUCCAAUCAUGGCUUACAUACGUAGUGGUACACUCCCCGAGUGUAAGGACGAGGCAAGAAGAAUUAGGUCCAACGCAGCAAAGUAUGCCAUUAUGCACGGUCAGUUAUAUAGACGCUCCUUCUCGGGUCCAUAUUUGAAGUGUGCUACCCCUACAGAAGCUAGACAGAUUAUGCGAACCAUUCACGAGGGAAGGUUCGGGUCAUUGAUACAUCAACCACCUGAAGACCUGUACGUAAUGGCCACCUCAUGGCCUUUCGCGCAGUGGAGGAUGGACGUGGUUGGCCCUUUGCCGACUGCAAGAUCGCAGAAUAAGUACGUUCUACUAGCUACUGAUUAUUUCACCAAAUGGGUAGAAGCGGAGCCGUACCCUAGUGUCACCCAAACUCAAGUAAGACGCUUCUUCUGGAAUAAUAUUAUCUGUCAUUUUGGCAUACCAAGGUCAAUCGUGAUGGACAAUGGAACCAACCUCGAUAGCAAGCAAGAUAAUAUUUGCUUGUAUCAAGAAAAACUGGAGAAUGAAAAAGGCAAAUGGUUGGAUGAGCUACCGAACGUCUUGUGGGCUUACAGAACAACCCCAAGACGGCCAACUGGUGAGAGCCCAUUCGCUAUAGCCUAUGGCACCGAGGCGGUGAUACCAGUCGAGCAUUUGGUUCCAACUGUAAGGAGCUUGGCAUGGGAUCAAGAGCAGAAUGAUGGAAUGCUGAGGUUCAAUCUUGAUUUAUUGGAAGAAAAAAGGGAUGCGGCUGCAGUGAGGCUUGUCUCUUAUCAACAGACGCUCGUGAAUAGCCAUAACAAGAAGGUGAGGCACAGGGGUUUCACUCCUGGCGAUCUGGUUCUGAAAAGGAAGGUGGGAAUAGUCAAAAAGAUGUUCUCCCCAUGGAAAGGUCCGUACAGAAUAGCAGAAGUCAUUGGGAAGGGGGCAUACGUCCUAGAAACUAUGACAGGAAGGGUAAUCAAUAAGCCAUGGAAUACUAUGUCUCUGAAAAGAUACUACCAGUAA